UUUUUUAUAACUCCACACCUUCUAUAGAUAACUCAACCCAACCUUUUAUAUCUACCCCAAUUUAAGACAGCAACUUUCUCAUCUUCUCCAGGCAUGUCUAAAGCAAAUGUAAGAAAACAGAUUCUGGAGAAGAACAGCAUUUUCAUCAAAGAAAAAGAGAAGCCGCUAAGUAGUCAAGGGCUCUUCACCAAACACCUUAAGAGAGUUUAUCCAAUUGGGCUACACAGAAGCUCUUCAUCACUAUCCCUAUCAUCUGUGUCAUUAUCUUUGUCAGAGAACUCAAAUGAUUCUUCUCUUACAGAUUGUUCAGCGACUCCAUUGGAACAGAAGAUAUCCUUGGCGCUUCGCCUAAUUUCACCAUCGGAAAGAAGAGAAGUCCCAGUGGCUAGAAACUUCCAAACACGGCAGCAGCGGCAGCAGCAACAGCAAAAGCAAGAUCAGGGGUCUAAUGAUGGGGAGUUGAAGAGGUGCAACUGGAUUACAAAGAACAGUGAUAAAGUUUAUGUAGCAUUUCAUGAUGAAUUCUGGGGAGUUCCGGUAUACGACGAUAUACAAUUGUUCGAGCUGCUUGCGUUGUCUGGUAUGUUGAUGGACUAUAAUUGGACAGAGAUCUUGAAAAGAAAGGAACUGUUCAGAGAAGCUUUUGACGGAUUCAAUCCAAAUAUUGUUGCGAAAAAGGGAGAGAAAGAAAUCAUGGAGAUAGCCUCCAAUAAGGCGAUCAUGUUGGCUGAGAGCAGGGUGAGGUGCAUAGUAGACAAUGCCAGAUGCUUACUGAAGAUUGCAAGGGAGUUUGGAUCUUUUAGUAACUACAUGUGGGGUAAUGUAAAUUUCAAACCAACAAUCAACAGAUAUAAGUAUCCGAGAAAUGUUCAACUAAGGUCUCCGAAAGCAGAAGCCAUUAGCAAGGAUCUACUGAAGCGUGGAUUUCGAUUCGUCGGACCAGUGAUUGUGUACUCAUUCAUGCAAGCAGCAGGGCUGACAAUUGAUCAUCUUGUAGAUUGUUAUAGUGGACUCGGACUGCAAGUUCCACAUUAACAACGAAAUGUUAGAUGAGACAACUCUGGUUGUCGCAAUAACGAUUUGGUCACCACGGCGAUUACAACAAUGUAUCAGAAUGAAAAAACAAUGCUGGCCUUGAGGGGUAUUAGGUUGAUAGAAAAUUAGAUUUUAUAAUUUAUUUUAAUUUAUAUUUUAUAAGGUUAUUUUAGUUUUAUGAUUCAGUUAUAAAUUUGAUAGGUUGAAUUGGACAGUUUUUAUGUUUUUUUUAUUUAAUUUUACUUUUUCACAUUGAGUUAACUAAGAAUUGAGUUUCAUAAUUUAUUUUAAUUUUAUUUUUAUGAAAUUAUCUCG